AUGCCAGGGCUGAUGGACCAGGUUAGUGACCCUCUGACCAUGGCGUCGGCGUCUACUCCAAAAGCCGUCAGACGGGAGCGGCGCACGGAGAUAGACGCUCGGCGGAGUAAGUCUUGUGUGCAUCUGGGGUCAUGCCUGCAGACCUGGGGUCAGCUGAAGAACCACCUGGGCUUCUCUUUGCACUCUGAGCUCAUCCACUACCUACUGCAGAGGUAAGACCUCAGACCAGACUGGGCUGAUGGUGGCACUGGUAACAAACGGCAUACAAUCUUCAUGGCUCAUCUUUAUUACACAACUAUAACAUUGGAGUAAUAUUAUGUUGGCUAUUAUUCAUUUAGCAAAAUGUCUUCCCCCUCUCUUCUCUUCAGCUAUUUUUCUAAAGUGUGUGCCAAAUGCUAAGGUAAAGACAUUUUCCCAAUAACAUACAAUAUACAGUUUCAUUAAUGUGAAUAUGUACUGUACAUAUAAGCCUGUUUUUUUAAUGAUGAUGUAAAAGUGUGUUUGGUCCACUAGGCAGUAUGAAAGGGGACAUGGCUGCCUUGGUGACAUCAAGAGAAAUGUCCUAUUGGUCCACACUCACCGGCAACAGUGCACCUUCCCACCCACCCUCCACUACCAUGGAGAAGUAGGCAGCUGGCACAGAUACGAGCCAGUCAAAGGGAGAGGUAGUGAAGCAGAGAAGCGGCCCAAAGCACUUACCAUCUCAGACAGGUGUGAAGUACUGUAGCUCUCCAGAGGAGGUCCUCCCCCCAUGUACUCAGGGGAAGGAAAUGAGAGAAUCUUCUGAUGUGUUAGAGGCAGAACUGUGUGUGUGUUAUGUCUGUGAGGGAGGACAUCUGCUCUCAUGGCAAACUAGUCAGAGUGGCUGUGAAUAAGAGGGGGGGAGAGGGGAAACGAGGCAAUGUGGAGUGGGAUAUUACCCCUUCAGGUUCAACUAGGUCCAAAGGGAGGAGAGGAGCGAAGGACUCAAAAAGGAGAGUGUCACAGGGAGGCGUUGUCUUACUGUGAGGAGGACCAGGGGUUGUGAUGGAGCAAGGCCCGUGAUGACCCAAGAGGAGGCAAUCUUUUUUGACAAUUUUAAAACACAAUACAACCACACAUGUGGAUACAGUACAAUGCCAUUAAAAUCAUAGAAGAUGACACAAAAAAGUAAAAAAAAUAUGUCCAUUGUGGUCCUCAUGAAUAUACAUAAAAACAAAAUAACACAAGAUUAUAACAUGAAAACAAAAUACAUAUCAAAUUAAUUUCAUCAAUAGAGAGUUAACCUUAAAAUGAAUAAAAUAGAUAGAGAGCAACUCAAGAGUUCUGAAAUGCCAGUGUUGACUCAACAUCACCAUGUUGUUUGCUCAUAUCCAGGAAAUGAUAAUGCACAGGAAGCUUCAGCUGCAGGAAAUUACACAAUGCCAGCAGAGUCCUUGCAGUCAUGGCAGAAUUGGUAAAGUUGAAUAGUUUGUUUCAUGCACAACUCCUUGCAUGUAUUUGUUGUUCAAAUCAUAAUCAACCCAACCUCAUGGUGAUCUAAUUGUAUGUUUCCAUAGGUGGCUGGCUGGCUAUGUAAUGUGAUGAUGAUGAUGAUGACGAUGAUGAGGACCCCGGCAACAUCACUGGAGAGAAGGAUAUCCCUUCACCCAGCAGGUUUUAAUGGUACCAUUUAUUUAAUAAUCCAAGAAGGAAAUAAAAUGUGAAUGAACAUGUUGGAAACUUGUAUCACCACUUUGUUGCACUUCGUGGUGAUCUAAUUGUAGUACCAGCGAGAAGCUGAAGGGGACACAGAGGAAAGCAGUUCAGUCAGAGGCAGAGAGAGAUACUGUAGGUCAGGGACGAGGAGGAGGUGGCUUUUGAUAGCAACAGGUGGCUUUUGAAGGUAUUUUCUCACACUUCCUUAAUUUGCCAGAUUGGAUUAUUUGAUUAAAACCAUUAAAUGGAUUUUCAAGUCAAAGACGCUGGGAUGAAAGUCAUGAAAGUGAACAUAGUUCAAAGGAUUCCUAUCUGCACAUACUGUGCAAUAAAUUAAAUUCAUUUUCUUUCAUUUGGUUUGGAUUUUAAAGAGGAGCCAGCUGACAAUGUUCCUCAGAUUGUCAGCAAAAAUAAAAGGUUUGUGCAGUGUCACUUCUAAGUUAUUUCUAUCUGUUUAUUGUCAUCCUAAUUUAAUAUUCCCAGAAAAAUAACACCAAAGGCAAUCUUGCCUUGUGAGUUUAACGGCUGUGGGAAAAUCUUCUCCUCUCGGCAGUACCUCAAUGUGAGUCCAGCAGCAUAGCUGAAGAUGACCACUCACUAUCUACUUAUUACAGCCACCGCAAGGUCAAAUACACUAAACUCCAUUCUAUCUUAUCUCACCUUUUGUUCAGCAUCAUAUGAAGUACCAGCACUUCCACCAGAGGACAUUCACCUGCUCUCACAUUCCCUGUGGGACUUCAAGAAGCACCUGAAGGAGCAUGAGAAGCUGCACAACAAUGAGGCUCAACAUUUCCGUGUUAUGAUUCUUUAUUAUCAUCCUUUGCUUCUGCACAACAUGCUGAAGUAAUGAUUGUCUGAGUAGCUAUUUGUAGGGCCCUGCGUACUCUGGCUUUUGUCUUGAGAUCAGAGGGACAUCUGUGAGUUCUGUGCCUGGGUGUUCCGCACCAACAGUCACCUUCACAUCCACCACCGCAUCCACACCAGAGAGAAGCCUAUUCAGUGAGUGUUCUUUGUCAUAGCAACAGCACUCAAGGACUAUUUUUCAGUUUAUUUUAUACUGAAAGUAUAGUCAAAACUUGUUUGGUAUAUGGGUUGUGGUCCUUAUGAGUGUCCAUCUAUCUAUACUUUUGCCUCAUCCCUCUUCCUCUCUCCCUCUCUACCAGGUGUGAGGUGUGUGUGGCUUCACAUACUGUCAGAAGGCCUCUCUCGACUUGCACAUGAAAAAGCACAACAUUGACGACAGACCAGUUCCCCUGAGAGGUCUGCAGCCGGCACCGCUCACCACCGCAAAAGCCACCCUGACCCUGACUAGACCUUGAGCUUAACCAUCACCACCUCCAACACUGAAUCACCCCUCACUGCUACCCCAGUCCAUGUCCCAGCACAGCAGUGACACUACCGCCACAGCCACAGCCACAGCCACAGGCGACUUGCUUUAUCCUUGUAGUGACAUGAAACACUGAGACUGUGUUUUGCCCCACGUUUACACCUGUAGAGAUGUGUGGCAUAUCAGGGUCCCUCUAUUGACUGUAAAUAAUGGUCCUUUGGUGUUUUGUGACCCAAAUGGCCAGCAUGUCAGUUUCUCUAUGCAGUCCAUGGACAAUGUCCAUACUGAAGACGAGCAGUCUCUCCUUCAUUCUUAUGUGUGUUUUUGUUACAUGACCCAAUGUUUUGGUAAAGAAGGGUAAUGAUUGAGAAGACCACCUUUGGGUGUUGCUUUUGUAUAAAUAUUUUACUAUGCAGCUUUAUUUAUGAGGAAAGUAUGUCGAAGGGAGGGGGAAAAUUAAAUGUUUGUUACAUUUUCUUCUAUGAUCUUGCAUGACCUUGAAAGACAAAUGACAUUACACAUUUUAUCUAUGAGGAAAUGUGAAUAUAUUAUUAAACCCCCUUUAAUCUGGCUUUCAAUACGUCAGUUUUAUUGAUUGAAGCCCACAUUGGCCAACACAGCCACUCACUAACAGGUGUGCGCUAUGUUUAGAUUUUUUUUCUUCAUCCAAUUGUCGCAUAGAAAUUCUAGAGGACCCGCCUUCAAAUGGUUGCUAUGCCUACAACAUAGUGCUCUAGGCUUGAUUGACAAGUAUAUCAACCAAUAGGGACAGAUGGGUGGGAAUUUGCGCGCACACUGAAAACUGCCUAGAGAAAUUGUGCCUCUGCCUACUAUCAAAUCACUUUGGGCAUUAUACACGCUACGGCUGGAGCUGGACAGGUGAAUGACUGAAGAUGGAAAAUGUACUAUAAAGGUUUUCCAGGAAAAAAAUACAGGUAAUUAACAAUUAUUUAGGCUGGGUCCUGUAAAAUAGCUUGCUUUGUAACUAGCGCGAGGAACUGCAUAAUGCCGUGCGGUCUUCAGCAGCAUGACAGAAGACAAUGUAGAAUUCUAGCUUGUACGCUAACAGUAGCAGACAACUGACAACGUUUUUGACCUAAGCUUGUUGCCAACCUUUAACUGGAUAUUGGUCAUGUUAUAUUAUUAAAUUAUCUUUACUUGUUGUAUUUGCUAAGUAGACAGUUUAAUGGCUAAUUAUGGAAAACUACUCAGUUUGCAAAGCUGUCAGAUUAUACUUUUGAUAGUAAAAAAAACAUUGAUUUAUGUACAUUUUACAUUGACAUUUUAGUAAUUUAGCAGACGCUCUUACCCAAAGCGACUUACAGGAGCAAUUAGGGUUAAGUGCCAUGCUCACGGGCACAUCGACAGAUUUUUCACCUAGUCGGCUCGGGGAUUUAAACCAGUGACCUUUCGGUUACUGGCUUAACGCUCUUAACCGCUAGGCUAGGCUAGGCUACCUGCCGCCCCAUCAAAUGUGUUAUUAAAGAUAGCGUAAUUAGAGACUCGACUAAUCGAAUGCUUUGACAAUGUUUAUUUUGAACAUGAGUAACUUGGUUGAUGAUAUUGCUGGUUGGAAGAACUAAAAGUCACCGCUGACUGUCACAGAUGCUGUGACUGUUUUGAUGUUUUUCAGGUUGUUGUUUUUUACCACUUAUUUGUGUGUGUGUGUGUGUGUAUCCCUGUACACCCCUUAUAUUCAUCUUGGUAGAAUCAUAUCCUCAUUCGAUAGUCCAAUAUGUCAACAGUCAGAGAUACUUAUUAAAUUACCAUGAUGUUGAUAAAAGGUCUAGAAAGUUACUUAACUUGAAAACUGUUCCAGAAAUUGCCAGGUUUUCUAUUUAGUAUUGUAUGGAAUACCAACUUCAUGGCCUCUUGCCAGUUGACUUAUUGAGUAGUUGAGCAUUUAGGUAUGUAUUCUGCAAAGUAUUUUAUCUUUUUAAAAAUUAUGUUUAUUUAUGAGUUGCACUCUGAAAGCUUAACCUACCUUUCUGUCUCAUCUCUAUUAGCUUUUCAUUAUGGAGAUUUCUAUCAGCUUUAGUUUGACCAGAGGCAGAAAUUCACCUGAUAAUCAUAGUGGGAAAUAUAGGUGGGUUGAGGUCCGGUUUCUAAUCAGGUACCUAUUGAAGCCAGCACAACAUCCCUUAACUCAGAAAACCUCUGCAUCUGAAAUCAUAACCAUCCAAUCUCUCUGGAGGGGUGAGCUGAGGUUGUGUGGUGCUGGCUGCUGCUGGUCCCAGCAGGUCUCUCAGGCAGCGGCAGGUAGGCCCUUACUGCUGGAGAUCACACUGAGCUUAACAGUGGAGGCGUUGACCCCCGCCAGGCCUGUUGAUCUGGGACCAGGCAGGCACCUCAGCAGCCUCUCUCUCUCUGCCCGCUGCCAUCAUCAGGUCCCUGCUAGCUCUCCUCCCAGAACAGAACAGAGACAUCUGAAGCAUGCUGAAAUUACAGGCCAUAUUUCACUGUCAGACACCAUCCACAUCACCCAGCCUCGGCCCCUAAAAGGCUGUGAUGUGGGGAGCAGCAAGGAGGAAGAGAAGAAAGGCAAGGCCAGGGGGAAUAAGAGUCCUACUUUGCAUUUAGAUUAGAAUUGACUGUGUGUCUGUGUUUUGCUGUUGAUUAGCCUAAAGCCUGAUCAGAGCCUGCCUGCAGAGCCGGCCACCUCAGCCUGCGAGGAGAAUACUCGGGCUCCCGAGUGGCGCAGCGGUCUAAGGCACUGCAUCUCAGUGCUUGAGGCGUCACUACAGACCCCCUGGUUCGAUUCCAGGCUGUAUCACAACCGGCCGUGAUUGGGAGUCUCAUAGGGCAGCGCACAAUUGGCCCAGCAUCGUCCGGGUUUGGCCGGUGUAGGCCGUCAUUGUAUAUAAGAAUUUGUUCUUAACUGACUUGCCUAGUUAAAUAAAGGUUAAAUAAAAAUAAAAAAUACCAUAUCAAUAUAAGGGGGCUAACUCCGCUCUGCAAUCAGAGCACUCAAUUCAAUCAUUUUAUGGCACUGGGGAAAAUAAGCAUCUCACAUGAUCCUUAAAGCUAGGAUCCUUAGUUGCUUCACACAUUUUAGGACUAAUUAUGGAUUAGGAUUAAUUAUGUAUACCCAUUGAUUCUUGAAGAAUAUAACUUAUAAAUAAAUGCCUCAUGAACUUAGUUCAACUGUCGUACCCCAUCAGAACCCAAAAUAUAAGCUUGUUUUAUGCCAAUGUUUGUAAACAACGUAAAUGUAAACAAACACUGUUGAAAAUUAUACAUUUGAUCAGUCCUUAGUAUUUUAUUAGGAUCCCCAUUAGCUGUUGCAAUAGCAGCAGCUACUCUUUCUGGGGUCCAUAGCUUUGUCUAUGAAUUUGAGUGGUUACAUUUCCCCAGCCCCAUCCCCUAGCUUUUAGCCAAACGGGCUGAGAGGACGCUUUGUUAUUGUUUCAAUUAAGGAUUCUAGCUUGAAGGAUUUUCAGUCAUCAUGAUCUAGCUGGCUGCCUGUGCCCUCACAGCUCUCCCAUACAGUAUAGUAUGGUGCUACUGUAUGGUGGCAAUGAAUUAAUGAUGGAGAUCCCCUGCCUGUAAUGUAAGCUACAGAGCUGCUGGCCGUGGCCUCCUUGGAUCUUGCCAAGCAGAGCAGAGCCAUGAGGCAAGGCCUGGGCUUGUGCAGCCGGUGGCCAUGCUACUAAGCAUAGGGUCUCUAGCAGAUGGAUCUCUCUGGCCACGAGUAUCCACCGUGGGGCUGGCUGCAGGAACAGACCUCACUCUAUGCUGGGUUACUGAUUCAUUUCAAGCUGUGCUAAGCGGACCAGUGAUAAAGGGAGCUCGAUAUUAGGAUUUCCCAGGUCGAAAUGCAUCACAGGUUGUUGACAUGGUGGCUGACUACUGUGACGUCAAAUCUAUUUUGUGUAAUUCCAUAUAAUAUGGGAUGUUGCAGUACAAAAGGAGGAGAGUUCUGAUGUUGUUCAGCACCUUGUGUUACCAAUCAUGUUUCUAAUCUGGGUCACCCAAAAGCACAUGGUGACCCAAAAUAAAACCAUGCUGAAGGAGAUGAGCGAGAGAGAGAGAGAGAGAGCCUCCUUGUGUAUAAAUCUGGAUCUACAUAAUGUUUUUUUCUGGUCGCUGUUUUGUCAUCUCAAUUAGCAGCUGGACUAUGCAAAUAUAUUCUUACCUAAUUUGAUUUGUAUGAUGUUUUUGAAUGUUUUGUUAUGCCAUGUUCACAGACAUCCAUUCUGAAUGGACUGCCAGUGCUCACCAUGCUGUCAUGCUCUGCUCUGUGCUGGGUCUGUCUGUGCUGGAAGUGAUGCCUGGCAGGCUGGCUCCUUGUCAUAGACUGUACUGGACUGCACCGUAUGUUACAGGGACAACAACACAUUCAGCUCCAAACAAUGGGGAGCAGGGAGGAGAGCAUACUCUGGUUCUACCUGAUUAUUCUGCUGCUACCUGGGUAGAGGAGGGAGAGAACAUUUGACACAGAGGUUUGUUCAUGUGUACAGCUUGAUGGUGUUGAGGUCCAAAUUGAUGCAGCAACAGCACAUUACAUCAAGCCAGUGAAUAGGGAAAUCAAUGAUUGCAUGUAGGCUACGUUUAAUUGCAAUUCAUGGGCCUUUGUGCUGAGACUGUUCUGAUUAACAUAGGCGUUGCUGAGAGUGCCAGCCUGGCUUCAUUAGGAAAUGCAUCGGCGACGUUGUCCCCACAGUGAAGGUUCGCUGCUUCCCCAAUCAAUCUGGAUUAACACAGAGGUUGGCACUAAGCUAAAGGACAGGGCUACCGCACACAGGGCUAACGCAGACAACCCUGGGGUGGAGGCCCCAUCCACAUCGACGGUGCUGCAGUGGAGCGGGUCGAGAGCGUCAAUCACUAUGGACUUGAAAUGGUCCACACACAAGUGCACAGUCGUGAAGAAGGCGCCUCUUCCCCUCAGGAGGUUGAAAAGGUUUGAUAUGGGCCUUCAAAUCCUCAAAGUUCUACAGCUGCACCAUUGACAGCAUCUUGGCUGGCUGCAUCACUGCUUGGUAUGGCAACAGCACCUUAUCCCUAUGCAUAUCUACCUCUAUCACACCAGUAUCCCUGCACAUUGUAAAUAGGGUAUUGGAACUGACCCUAAUUUAUUGUGUGUUUUUGUUCUACCUUACGUUAUUUUUACUACUACAUUGAUAUUGAUUACUGCAUUGUUGGGUUUCACUGUACUUGUGCAUGUGACAUUGAAACUUGAAACUUGAUAAUGGUCUGUCCCUUUCACAUUGAAUGAAUCAACAGGAGCAAGUACAGCCAGCUCCAUGUGGCCAGAUGUGCCAGUCACUGUGGGGUGACUCAGACUGGCUCUGGAAGCAUAGUCAUUGGCAGGUGGGCAGGGAGGGUAGUGGGUACUUCAAAAUGGGUCUAACAGGGAAUUAUCUCUUCUCCUCUCCCUGCCAAAUACGGUUUGAUGAAGGACAGAGCGACAUACUCUGCAGUGCAGUAGCUACUGUCGCUGUCCUUGGAAAACACCUACAGCUACGACAGUUUGGCAAGAUGCAUCAUAGAUGUUACAUCUGAGAUUGGGGAUUUAGCUAUAGGUCACAUGCAUUUUACAGCUCUACUACUAUAUCAGUCUGUCAUUUAGUGUAGGAGAGUGUGUUGAUUGGUGGUAGCACUUUUCUCAGUUCUCUUCCAUUUGUCUUGUUCCCCUAUUCAGUUUGUUCUGUCUAAAAGCCUUAGGCCUGUCUGUUCUUUUACGUGUCUCGUUUCACCAUCCACCCACCCUGUCUUUCUGUUCCUCUCCCACCUCACUGCCUCUGCCAGUGACAGAUGGGACCGUUAAUAGCCUAGCAGACCGUAUUCACUUGAUUCUUGGCCGUGUCAAUACUUUGACCCAUUUUCUCUCUUCUCCAAGAUGGAGGAGGCAGAUAUCUGGGGUUGUCAUUAAGUCAGUGAAGGUGGGAGUUAGUCAAUCCCCCCCCAGCCUCAUGCCUUAAGAGGUGAGCUGAAGGAGGGUGGUGUGGGGAUAUAAGGACCAGGCAGGGAGCCUCCGCUGAACUGUCAACCCAGAGAGAAGCAUCUGCUAGAAGCCCCACUUCAAUUCCCUCCACCACAGGGAAGAAAGAGGGAGGCUGAAUAUGGGUGGAGAGAUGCCAUUUAUUUGCUGCCAAAACAAGAGGAAGGGGACAGUUUAUGGGGUGGGGGGACUAGAAGGUGCUUUUUAUUUUUUUUCUUAAGCCCUAAUUUUUUAUGGCAGGCCAUCUGGUUCUUGUCAGUAGUUGUUUGUUUGCUCUAUUUCUACGGCAUUAGACUCUAGACUACAGCCUGGGCUCUAAGUGCUGAUGGCUUCUUCUCCACUGCUGUGUGCUGGUGAUAGCGUAGCGCUGCCAUGGCUGUGGUCUUCGACUGAGCCACCACUAGCCUGUCUGACACUCACAAUCAGCAGGGGAAACGGCUGGAGCCCAGUCCAGGGUGGAGGCAGCACGACGCUUUACUGUUUCAAACUCACUAAUGCUAAGCUGGUGAGACACAGAAAGGAACUAGGCCUAUUAGCCCUUAUGUGCUAUUUUAAUUAUAUUCCUUAUCAGUCCACCCACCUCUGAGCUGUGUAACAUGGAGAAUGCUGUUCUCUCUCUCGCUCUCUCUCUCUCUCUCUCUGACCCUCUGUGUGUGACUCAGUGAGUCAGCUUGUACCAAAUGGUUCCACCACAGUAGCUUCUACAGCAGCCCACCAUGCUCAGCUCCUGUGGAAUAUACAGUUGAAGUCGGAAGUUUACAUACAUACACCUUAGCCAAAUACAUUUAAACUCAGUUUUUCACAACUCCUGACAUUUAGUCCUAGGAAAAAUUCCCUGUCUUAGGUCAGUUAGGAUCACCACUUUAUUUUAAGAAUGUGAAAUGUCAGAAUAAUAGUAGAGAAUGAUUUAUUUCAGCUUUUAUUUAUUUCAUCACAUUCCCAGUGGGUCAGAAGUUUACAUACACUCAAUUAGUAUUUGGUAGCAUUGCCUUUUAAAUUGUUUAACUUGGGUCAAAUGUUUCGGGUAGCCUUCCACAAGCUUCCCACAAUAAGUUGGGUGAAUUUUGGCCCAUUCCUCCUGACACAGCUGGUGUAACUGAGUCAGGUUUGUAGGCCUCCUUGCUCGCACACGCUUUUCCAGUUCUGCCCACAUAUUUUCAAUAGGAUUGAGGUCAGGGCUUUGUGAUGGCCACUCCAAUACCUUGACUUUGUUGUCCUUAAGCCAUUUUGCCACAACUUUGGAAGUAUGCUUGGGGUCAUUGUCCAUUCGGAAGACUCAUUUAGGACCAAGCUUUAACUUCCUGACUGAUGUCUUGAGAUGUUGCUUCAAUAUAUCCACAUAAUUUUCCUUCCUCAUGAUACCAUCUAUUUUGUGAAGUGCACCAGUCCCUCCUGCAGCAAAGCACCCCCACAGCAUGAUGCUGCCACCCCCGUUCUUCACGGUUGGGAUGGUGUUCUUCGGCUUGCAAGCACUCCCUUUUUCCUCCAAACAUAACGAUGAUCAUUAUGGCCAAACAGUUCUGUUUUUGUUUCAUCAGACCAGAGGACAUUUCUCCAAAAAGUACGAUCUUUGUCCCCAUGUGCAGUUGCAAAUUGUAGUUUGGCGUUUGGAAAUUGCUCCCAAGGAUGAACCAGAUUUGUGGAGGUCUACAAUGUUUUUUGUGAGGUCUUGGCUGAUUUCUUUUAAUUUUCCCAUGAUGUCAAGCAAAGAGUCACUGAGUUUGAAGGUAGGCCUUGAAAUACAUCCACAGGUACACCUUCAAUUGACUCAAAUUGUCAAUUAGCCUAUCAGAAGCUUCUAAAGCCAUGACAUCAUUUUCUGGAAUUUUCCAAGCUGUUUAAAGGCACAGUCAAUUUAGUGUAUGUAAACUUCUGACCCACUGGAAUUGUGAUACAGUGAAUUAUAAGUGAAAUAAUCUGUCUCUAAACAAUUGUUGGAAAAAUGACUUGUGUCAUGCACAAAGUAGAUGUCCUAACCGACUUGCCUAAACUAUAUUUUGUUAACAAGAAAUUUGUGUAGUGGUUGAAAAAACAAGUUUUAAUGACUCCAACCUAAGUGUAUGUAAACUUCCGACUUCAACUGUAAAUUACCAGAGGAAUCUCAAUGCACAACACUGUUCUAGUCUUUGUUUACCGCUGGUCCAGGGUUUCCGUUAGCUGGUUAUUGCCAACUUUUGUCCCCCCCACAAAAAAAGAAAAGCCGAUGAUUAUUAUUUUUAUUUAUUUACCGUGAGGGAAAAAAGGAUUUGAUCCAGAAAAACGCAUGUCAAAAAUGUUAAAUUGAUUUGCAUUUUAAUUAGGGAAAUAAGUAUUUGACCCCUCUGCAAAGCAUGACUUAGUACUUGGUGGCAAAACCCUUGUUGGCAAUCACAGAGGUCAGAAGUUUCUUGUAGUUGGCCACCAGGUUUGCACACAUCUCAGGAGGGAUUGUGUCCCACUCCUCUUUGCAGAUCUUCUCCAAGUCAUUAAGGUUUCGAGCCUGACGUUUAGCAACUUGAACCUUCAGCUCCCUCCACAGAUUUUCUAUGGGAUUAAGGUCUGGAGACUGGCUAGGCCACUCCAGGACCUUAAUGUGCUCUUCUUGAGCCACUCCUUUGUUGCCUUGGCCGUGUGUUUUGGGUCAUUGUCAUGCUGGAAUACCCAUCCACGACCCAUUUUCCAUGUCCUGGCUGAGGGAAGGAGGUUCUCACCCAAGAUUUGACGGUACAUGGUCCCGUCCAUCGUCCCUUUGAUGCGGUGAAGUUGUCCUGUCCCCUUAGCAGAAAAACAUCUCCAAAGCAUAAUGUUUCCACCUCCAUGUUUGACGGUGGGGAUGGUGUUCUUGGGGUCAUAGGCAGCAUUCCUCCUCCUCCAAACACGGCGAGUUGAGUUGAUGCCAAAGAGCUCGAUUUUGGUCUCAUCUGACCACAACACCUUCACCCAGUUCUCCUCUGAAUCAUUCAGAUGUUCAUUGGCAAACUUCAGACGGGCCUGUAUAUGUGCUUUCUUGAGCAGGGGGACCUUGUGGGCGCUGCAGGAUUUCAGUCCUUCACGGCGUAGUGUGUUACCAAUUGUUUUCUUGGUGACUAUGGUCCCAGCUGCCUUGAGAUCAUUGACAAGAUCCUCCCGUGUAGUUCUGGGCUGAUUCCUCACCGUUCUCAUGAUCAUUCAAACUCCACGAGGUGAGAUCUUGCAUGGAGCCCCAAGCCGAGGGAGAUUGACAGUUCUUUUGUUUCUUCCAUUUGCGAAUAAUCGCACCAACUGUUGUCACCUUCUCAUCAAGCUGGAAACUGGAUGUUCUCUUUUAAUUUCUGUUAGUUUUUAGCAUUUAUUUUGCCUUUUAAUGUUUUUUGUAGGCCUUGUGUAGGUCUACAAUCUUGUCCCUGACAUCCUUGGAGAGAUCUUUGGUCUUGGCCAUGGUGGAGAGUUUGGAAUCUGAUUGAUUGCUUCUGUAGACAGGUGUCUUUUAUACAGGUAACAAACUGAGAUUAGGAGCACUCCCUUUAAGAGUGUGCUCCUAAUCUCAGCUCGUUACCUGUAUAAAAGACACCUGGGAGCCAGACAUCUUUCUGAUUGAGAGGGGGUCAAAUACUUAUUUCCCUCAUUAAAAUGCAAAUCAAUUUAUAACAUUUUUGACGUGUUUUUCUGGAUUUUUUUGUUAUUCUGUCUUUCACUGUUCAAAUAAACCUACCAUUAAAAUUAUAGACUGAUCAUUUCUUUGUCAGUGGGCAAACGUACAAAAUCAGCAGGGGAUCAAAUACUCUUUCCCCUCAUUGUAAAUAAAAUUUUGCUGGCCAAAUUGACCGGGAGAAAAAAAACUGUAGGCAGUCUAUCAGCACGUCACCCGCCACAAUGUGAGCUGGAGGCAGUAUGCAUUUUGAAAACAUACUUAAUUGUUUGAAACAUGAAUAUUUUACUUCAUAUUAUGAGGCAUGUCUUACCUUGCUUGAAAAUCUGACCAUAGACGCAUGGAGGCAAUUCUGGUAUAAAGACUUGAUAGGAGGUGCAUGAGUUUCAAGUUUGGGGAAGCAUACAAUUGAUCCUAACAUUUCUAACGAUCUGCGUGCCGGUUACAGUGCAUUCGGAAAGUAUUUUUCCACAUUUUGUUAUGUUACAGCCUUAUUCUAAAAUUGAUCAAUUAGUUUUUUCCCCUCAUCAAUCUACACACAAUAUCCCAUAAUGACAAGGUGAAACAGGUUUUUAGAAACAUCAAAUGUAUUUAAAAAAUUGAAAUUUCACGUUUUACAUAAGUAUUCAGACACUUUACUCAGUACUUUGUUGAAGUGCCUUUUGGCAGCGAUUACAGCCUUGAGUCUUCUUGGGUAUGACGCUAUAAGCUUGGCACGCCUGUAUUUGGGGAGUUUCUCCCAUUGUUCUCUGCAGAUCCUCUCAAGCUCUCAGGUUGAAUGGGGAGCGUCGCUGCACAGCUAUUUUCAGGUCUCUCCAGGGAUGUUCGAUCGGGUUCAAGUCCGGGCUCUGGCUGGGCCACUCAAGGACAUUCAGAGACUUGUCCCGAAGCCACUUCUGCGUUGGCUUGGCUGUGUGAUUAGGGUCGUUGUCCUGUUGGAAGGUGAACCUUCGCCCCAGUCUGAGGUCCUGAGCACUCUAGAGCAGGUUUUCAUCAAGGAUCUCGCUGUACUUUGCUCCGUUCAUCUUUCCCUCGAUCCUGACUAGUCUCCCAGUCCCUGCCACUGAAAAACAUAUCCACAGCAUGAUACUACUACCACCAUGCUUCACCAUAGGAUAGGGAUGGUGCCAGGUUUCCAUCCAGAUGUGACGCUUGGCAUUCAGGCCAAAGAGUUCAAUCUUGGUUUCAUCAGAUCAGAGAAUCUUGUUUCUCAUGGUCUAAGUUAUUUAGGUGCCUUUUGGCAAACUCCAAGCGGGCUGUCAUGUGCCUUUUACUGAGGAGUAGCUUCCGUCUGGCCACUCUACCAUAAAGGCCUGAUUGGUGGAGUGCUGCAGAGAUGGUUGUCCUUCUGGAAGGUUCUCCCAUCUCCACAGAGGAACUCUGCAGCUAUGUCAGAGUGACCAUUUGUGUUCUUGGUCACCUUCCUGACCAAGGCUCUUCUCCCCCGAUUGCUCAGUUUGGCCCGGGCGGCCAGCUCUAGGAAGAGUCUUGGUGGUUCCAAACUUCUUCAAUUUUUAAGAAUGAUGGAGGCCACUGUGUUCUUGGGGAUCUUCAAUGCUACAGAAAUGUUUUUGUACCCUUCCCCAGAUCUGUGCCUUGACACAAUCCUGUCUCGGAGCUCUACGGACAAUUCCUUCGACCUCAUGACUUGGUUUUUGCUCUGACAUGCACUGUCAACUGUGUGACCUUUUUAUAUAGACAGGUGUGUGCCUUUCCAAAUCACAUCCAAUCAAUUGAAUUUACCACAGGUGGGCUCCAAUCAAGUUGUAGAACUAUCUCAAAGAUGAUCAAUGGAAACCGGAUGCACCUGAUCUCAAUUUCGAGUCUCAUAGCAGUGUUUCUGAAUACUUAUGUAAAUAAGGUAUUUGUUUUUUAUUUGUUAUAUAUUUGCAACAUUUUCUAAAAACCUGUUUUCACUUUGUCAUUAUGGGGGAUUGUGUGUAGAUUGAUGAGGGGGGGAAAUAUUUCAUCAAUUUUAGAGUAAGGCUGUAACGUAACAAUGUGGAAAAAGUCAAGGGGUCUGAAUACUUUCCGAAUGCACUGUAUGAUUUUCAUAUGCGUAUUUUCAUUUCAAUAAUUACAUUUUCAUUUUUCAAUCAUUUGUCUCGUGGUUAAUCAUAACAAUCUUAAUUAAAAUGAUACAAAUAUAAAAGUAAAAUUUAAACUAAUGUGAGAGCACCGGCCUCUGCCCAUAUGGACACAUUGAUACACCGUGAUCAUUGGCUGUCUAAAUGAGCGCAUGGAACUGAGAGAUGGCCAAUGCAGACGUUGGCCUAUAACUUCCAUUGUCAAGUAAGUAAAAAUACAUAAAUGCAGGUUCUUUCAAUCACAUUCAUCUCUCUACUCAGCCUGUCUGCCUGCCUUUCUGUCUUGACUUGAGCUAUAACUAGUGAAGUGCAACAUUAUCAAAUCAAUCAACUGGAUCCAGGAAAGCUGUCUCUAGUGAACUUGCAACAUUGUAUCAACUAUUCCAGGCCCUCAGUUUCUGGCCAGUGAGCUCGGGAUAGACAGCUGUUUUUGCGCAAGGGAAAGUGAUAGAAAUAAGAAGAACAUGAUUAAGUAAGCAUACAGGGUCAGUUCCAGUGCCAUAUUUACAACUUCUACAGUGCCUUGCAAAAGUAUUAAUCCCCCUUGGUGUUUUUCCUAUUUUGUUGCAUUACAACCUGUAAUAUAAAUUACUUUUUAUUUGGAUUUCAUGUAAUGGACAUACACAAAAUAGUCAAAAUUGGUGAAGUGAAAUGAAAAAAAUAACUUGUUUAAAAAAAAAUAGAUAACGGAAAGGUGGUGCAUGCAUAUGUAUUCACCCCCUUUGCUAUGAAGCCCCUAAAAUAAGACCAAUUACCUUCAGAAGUCACAUAAUUGUGCAUUCUGUGUCACAUGAUCUGUCACAUGAUCUCAGUGUAUAUAUACACCUGUUCUGAAAGGCCCCAGAGUCUGCAACACCACUAAGCAAGGGGCACCACCAAGCAAGCAGCACCAUGAAGACCAAGGAGCCCAUCUUAAUCUUUUCUUUUUAUUGGCCAGUCUGAGAUAUGGCUUUUUCUUUGCAACUCUGCCUAGAAGGUCAGCAUCCCGGAACCGCCUCUUCACUGUUGACGUUGAGACUGGUGUUUUGCGGGUACUAUUUAAUGAAGCUGCCAGUUGAGUUUCUCAGAACAAGAAUAGACUGAGUUUCAGAAGAAAGUUAUUUGUUUCUGGCCAUUUUGAGCCUGUAAUCAAACCCACAAUUGCUGAUGCUCCAGAUACUCAACUAGUCUCAAGAAGGCCAGUUUUAUUGCUUCUUUAAUCAGCACAACAGUUUUCAGCUGUGCCAACAUAUUUGCAAAAGGGUUUUCUAAUGAUCGAAUUAGCCUUUUAAAAUGAUAAACUUGGAUUAGCAAACACAACGUGCCAUUGGAACACAGGACUGAUGGUUGCUGAUAAUGGGCCUCUGUACGCCUAUGUAGAUAUUCCAUUAAAAAUCUGCCGUUUCCAGCUACAAUAGCCAUUUACAACAUUAAGAAUGUCUACACUGUAUUUCUGAUCAAUUUGAUGUUAUUUUAAUGGACAAAAAAAUUGAUUUUCUUUCGAAAACAAGGACAUUUCUAAGUGACCCCAAACUUUUGAACGGUAGUGUAUAUUCAAGAAACAUUAUCUUCACACACAUUUUAGAUGCUUUUCACUGACAGCCGCAACUCAAUAAUCAGCUAGGCCUUUUGCCUCGCGCCCCGCCUAUGAAAGACUUCCUCAUAUGCCAUUUCUCUCCUGUUCUAUUGGUUUUCAUAUCAACUUUCUUUCGUUGUCCAGAAGCCGAAGGCACUCAUGUUAGCAACCCAUUAUAGUUUCACCCUCUUUCUAAGUUUAUAAUGGAGAUUUUCAUCUCUGUCAUAUACCGCUCGCAUCAGGUGCAGUGUUUAGAAUUGGUGUUUACCCGCAAAUUGCAUUUUGGCAAAUGUUUGAAAAUUACGUUUUAUUGGCUGCUUCAUUACAGGAGUUGCAUGGUAUGUUAAAAUGAAUUACCAUCAUCUAAAUGUGAUUUUUGUCAUUCUGAGCACCGUGGGUGGACACCCUAAUGGGACGCCCAAUGCAUAUGGGGACGGUAAAUUAAAAUCUUCCCGGUCACGUUGUAUGGCGCCACAUUUUCCUAACAGAAAUCCUGUUCUGGUCACUCUCAAAUCCACACUUUUUUAAUAGAACAUCCAAUUGUGUUGUUUUCUAAGUCCACAACAAUGCUUAAACCACAACAGGAGACCACUUUUGAGGUCUGGGAAAAAUCGAAGAAAUGUUAAAUUAUGUGUAGUUAGACUUUAAUUCAAGUGCCCCUGCACCUAGCACUGUUGUUUGGUUAGCGUGUUUCUGUAGCGCACAUGACAUAUACCCACUGGAUUGAUGCAAAUAAUCAUGAUAUCAUUCUGGUAGGCAUACGCUACUUUGUAGCUACCAAAUGUUUUAAUUGAGUAGGUUUCUGGGAAAGCCUUUCUAUCUACCAGAAGACUGUUAUAGCCUGUCAUAAACCUGGACAUUUUACUUCAUAUUAUGAGACCGGUCUUAACUUGCUUCAAAGAAGCCAAGCCAAAAUCCUACCAGAGAAAUGUUGAGGGAAAGUAUAUGUUGCGUCUUUAGAUCUCCCCUCUUUCUACAUUUUAACGGAAAUGUCCAUCUCUGUCCAUGAAACCGCUCGCAUGCGCAUUUUAGAACGUUGUUUCCCCACAAAUUGCAUUGGGAACAUUCGCGCUGGGUAUAUGGAAUAUUUCUUUUUUUAUAUAUAUUUUUUAUUUAACCAGGUAAGCCAGUUGAGAACAAGUUCUCAUUUACAACUGCGACCUGGCCAAGAUAAAGCAAAGCAGUGCGAUUAAAAACAACAACACAGAGUUACAUAUGGGGUAAACAUAAAGUCAAAAAUACAACAGAAAAUAUAUGUGUGCGAAUGUAGUAAGUUAUGGAGGUAAGGCAAUAAAUAGGCCAUAGUGCAAAAUAGUUACAAUUUUCGUAUUAACACUGGAAUGAUAGAUGUGCAAAUAGAGAUACUGGGGUGUAAAUUAGCAAAAUAAUGGGGAUGAGGUAGUUGGGUGGGCUAAUUACAGAAUGGCUGUGUACAGGUGCAGUGAUCGGUAAGCUGCUCUGACAACUGACGCUAAAAGUUAGUGAGGGAGAUAAGUCUCCAGCUUCAGAGAUUUUUGCAGUUCGUUCCAGUCAUUUGCAGCAGAGAACUGGAAGGAAUGGCAGCCAAAGGAGGUGUUGGCUUUGGGGAUGACCAGUGAGAUAUACCUGCUUGAGCGCAGACUACGGGUGGGUGUUGCUAUGGUGACCAGUGAGCUAAGAUAAGACAGGGAUUUGCCUAGCAGUGAUUUAUAGAUGACCUGGAGCCAGUGGGUUUGGCGACGAAUAUGUAGUGAGGGCCAGCCAACAAGAGCGUACAGGUCACAAUGGUGGGUAGUAUAUGGGGCUUUGGUGACAAAACAGAUGGCACUGUGAUAGACUACAUCCAAUUUACUGAGUAGAGUGUUGGAGGCUAUUUUGUAAAUGACAUCGCCGAAGUAAAGGAUCGGUAGGAUAGUCAGUUUUACGAGGGCAUGUUUGGCAGCAUGAGUGAAGGAGGCUUUGUUGCGAAAUAGGAAGCCGAUUCUAGAUCUAACUUUUGAUUGGAGAUGCUUAAUGUGAGUCUGGAAGGAGAGUUUACAGUCUAACCAGACACCUAGGUAUUUGUAGUUGUCCACAUACUCUAGGUCAGACCCACCGAGAGUAGUGAUUCUAGACGGGUGGGCGGGUGCAAGCAGCGUUUGGUUGAAGAGCAUGCAUUUAGUUUUACUAGUGUUUAAGAGCAGUUGGAGGCAACGGAAGGAGUGUUUUAUGGCGUUGAAGCUCGUUUGGAGGUUUGUUAACAGUGUCCAAUGAAGGGCCCCGAUGGGUAUACAAACCUGGUGUCGUCAUGCAUAGAGGUGGAUCCGAGCGUCACCAGCAGCAAGAGCGACAUAUUGAUAUACCUGCAGAUAGAGUCGGCCUGAGAAUUGAACCUCUGUGGCACACUCCCGCAGGGACGUAGACGGUCCAGACAACAGGCCCUCCGAUUGACACACUGAACUCUAAUCUGAGAAGUAGUUGGUGACCAAGGCGAGGGCAGUCAUUUGGCAGAGAACCAAAACUUUUUGGCUAAAAUACUCGUCGUGUUUGAACAAAGCAAAGCGUUGCACCAAAGAACACCAUACCUACUGUGAGCAUGGGGGUGGAAACAUCAUGCUUUGGGUGUUGUCCACAUACUUAGUCAUACACCGAGAGUAGUGAUUUUAUACGUGGGGGUGCAAGCACGUUUGGUUAAGAGCAUGCAUUAGUUUACUAGUGUUUAAAAGGCAAAUUGUAGGCAACGGAAGAUGUUUAUGGCGUUGAAACUCGUUUGGAGGUUUGUUAAAAAGUGUCCCAAAGAAGGCCAAUUAUAAAAAUGGUGUCCUGCUAGAGGGGGAUCCGAGCGUCACCAGCAGCAAGAGCGACAUUAUUGAUAUACACAGAGAAUAGAGUCGGCCCGAGAAUUGAACCCUGUGGCACGCCCGUAGAGACUGCUAGAGGUCCAGACAACAGGCCCUCCGAUUUGACACAUUGAACUCUAUCUGAGAAGUAGUUGGUGAACCAGGCGAGGCAGUCAUUUGAGAAACCAAGGCUAUUUAGUCUGCCAAUAAGAAUGCGGUGGUUGACAGAGUCGAAAGCCUUGGCCAGGUCGAUGAAGACGUGUGUGUAUGUAUGUAUGUAUAUAUAUACAGUGGGGAAAAAAAGUAUUUAGUCAGCCACCAAUUGUGCAAGUUCUCCCACUUAAAAAGAUGAGAGAGGCCUGUAAUUUUCAUCAUAGGUACACGUCAACUAUGACAGACAAAUUGAGAAGAAAAAAAAUCCAGAAAAUCACAUUGUAGGAUUUUUUAUGAAUUUAUUUGCAAGUUAUGGUGGAAAAUAAGUAUUUGGUCACCUACAAACAAGCAAGAUUUCUUGCUCUCACAGACCUGUAACUUCUUCUUUAAGAGGCUCCUCUGUCCUCCACUCGUUACCUGUAUUAAUGGCACCUGUUUGAACUUGUUAUCAGUAUAAAAGACACCUGUCCACAACCUCAAACAGUCACACUCCAAACUCCACUAUGGCCAAGACCAAAGAGCUGUCAAAGGACACCAGAAACAAAAUUGUAGACCUGCACCAGGCUGGGAAGACUGAAUCUGCAAUAGGUAAGCAGCUUGGUUUGAAGAAAUCAACUGUGGGAGCAAUUAUUAGGAAAUGGAAGACAUACAAGACCACUGAUAAUCUCCCUCGAUCUGGGGCUCCACACAAGAUCUCACCCCGUGGGGUCAAAAUGAUCACAAGAACGGUGAGCAAAAAUCCCAGAACCACACGGGGGGACCUAGUGAAUGACCUGCAGAGAGCUGGGACCAAAGUAACACAGCCUACCAUCAGUAACACACUACGCCGCCAGGGACUCAAAUCCUGCAGUGCCUAGACGUGUCCCCCUGCUUAAGCCAGUACAUGUCCAGGCCCGUCUGAAGUUUGCUAGAGUGCAUUUGGAUGAUCCAGAUGAGGAUUGGGAGAAUGUCAUAUGGUCAGAUGAAACCAAAAUAGAACUUUUUGGUAAAAACUCAACUCGUCGUGUUUGGAGGACAAAGAAUGCUGAGUUGCAUCCAAAGAACACCAUACCUACUGUGAAGCAUGGGGGUGGAAACAUCAUGCUUUGGGGCUGUUUUUCUGCAAUGGGACCAGGACGACUGAUCCGUGUAAAGGAAAGAAUGAAUGGGGCCAUGUAUCGUGAGAUUUUGAGUGAAAACCUCCUUCCAUCAGCAAGGGCAUUGAAGAUGAAACGUGGCUGGGUCUUUCAGCAUGACAAUGAUCCCAAACACACCGCCCGGGCAACGAAGGAGUGGCUUCGUAAAAAGCAUUUCAAGGUCCUGGAGUGGCCUAGCCAGUCUCCAGAUCUCAACCCCAUAGAAAAUCUUUGGAGGGAGUUGAAAGUCUGUGUUGCCGAGCGACAGCCCCAAAACAUCACUGCUCUAGAGGAGAUCUGCAUGGAGGAAUGGGCCAAAAUACCAGCAACAGUGUGUGAAAACCUUGUGAAGACUUACAGAAAACGUUUGACCUGUGUCAUUGCCAACAAAGGGUAUAUAACAUAGUAUUGAGAAACUUUUGUUAUUAACCAAAUACUUAUUUUCCACCAUAAUUUGCAAAUAAAUUCAUUAAAAAUCCUACAAUGUGAUUUUCUGGAUUUUUUUUUCUCAUUUUGUAUGUCAUAGUUGACGUGUACCUAUGAUUAAAAUUACAGGCCUCUCUCAUCUUUUUAAGUGGGAGAACUUGCACAAUUGGUGGCUGACUAAAUACUUUUUUUCCCCACUGUAUAUAUAUAUAAUAUAUACCUGCGUAUAGCCUCCACUACACCACUGAUUCUAGCCCCACACCAAUCUCUCCUCUCAGCAAAUAUGUGUGAAGCAUGGCACUUUAUGCUUGCCGCUCACCACCACCAGCCAGUGGUCCAGCUAGACAGCCAAACAGAUCCCUCUGUCUAACUGAUUCCACCUCUCCUCGUCUACUCUAUCACCCUGGGUCUGUGUUGGAGAGCAGAGUGGGUACUUGGGAGCUGGUUGCAGUAUCUCACUUUCAGCCAUGCUGCCAAAUGAGAGCCCUCUCCAGGGGCCCCGAGUCCAAGUGCUGAGUUAAUUAAUGGUGUGUGUGUGUGUGUGUGAGAGCUUGUGUGUGGUGUGUGUGUGUGUUCCCCUGUCCAACAGCAGGUUGUCCUGCCUGAGCUAGGGUCAGCCACUCCUCUGAGAAAGCCCUGCCGUCCGCACAAUAUAACAUAUCCAGGCAGGGACCAUACCAUCCCCUCUUACCCUCUCCUCUUAGCAAAAUAGCAGGGAACCUACAGCCAGGCCUUCCCUGGAGAAACACUGAGCCUGCAGAGUCACACACACACACUCUCACACACUCACUCACUCACACACUCACUCACUCACUCACUCAGUCAUAUUUGCUAUGUGCUUGGAAGGCUACUAUUAUUCAUGAUGAGCAGAUAGCUAGGAGCUAAUUGAGCAGGAAUGAAAUCCCCCACAGUGGAAGGCAGUGUGGAUGGGUGGAGAAACGCUAUAGGGGGUCAGGAGGUGUAUGUUCAGCUGUUGCUGUGUUUCCUCCUGCCUUCAGUCAAUUGAAAUCUGCUCUGCCAGAACAGAAGCCAAUGGUCACGAAUCUCACUUCACAGUCAGAAAAGAGACCAUGGUUCUUGUUGAGUCACUGUGUUGUAGAGGCUCUUUGUGUGUGUCCUCACCUUAGUAGACCUGCUGCUGUCAAUCUCUCCAGGCCCAAUCUGGGAGGUGGGUGACUGGGGGAGGGGGGGAGGGGGGGGGGGGCGCUAUUAGAGGUAUGGCUAGUCUCUCAGCUCUUUACAACCAGAGUGAGUGAGCACACCGGAGAGAUCUUUAUUCAUCGUGAUAGGGCACACUCCUUGGUGGCUGUGUCAGAUCAAUCUCCCUCCCUCCCCUGUGUCAGCCUCUCCAUCUCUUUUGAAGUGAACGGUUAAACAAACCCUGGCUGUCCCCUCAGUACACUCUGGCCUUCAUUCAGCUAAAGGUGUCCAUUGUCUACUUGCCUAUGCCAGCUUGUUUUUAAUAAGACCACUCCCUGUCCGCCUCCAGAAGUGUUCCUUUAUUCUUUGUACAAUAAAGUGUCACUGUGUCUAUUUUUGGGUCUGAGAGGAGGCUUUUCAUGAAACCCAAUACAUUGUUACAGUACCUGUACAAAGGGAGAUUCAGCCCACUGCAAGAGCAAGAGAUCGAUAGCAAUUCAGCACAGGGAAAACAACAUUCCAUUUGUAGAGUUGUCUCAUUAUUGGUGUGAAUAUUGGUUCAGUGCCACUGGCUAACUCUGGUCAAUGAUACAGGAGAGCAGAGGGCUGUAGCCUCGUUUCUGUUUCUGUCCCAUCUGUAAUGUUUUUUUCCUCUCUUUAUUGCAGAUCCCUAUAAAACUCUGA